AGCAAAGCUCGUUCGGUGUGGAGUUGUCAGUUUGGGAACUCGGCUCGCGAGUUCCGUGGAUCAUUCGGCACUUGACGGCCAUUAGUGUCGGAGACUCGGCACAAUGCCCCACAGGCGGAAGAAACCUUUCAUAGAAAAGAAAAAAGCUGUAACAUUUCAUGUAGUGCACAGAAGUCAGAAGGACCCUUUGACAGCAGAUGAUAGUGCACCCCAGAGAGUUUUGUUGCCUACAUUAAAGAGAAAUGAUGAAAAAAGAAAAGAAGAACAGCGAAAAUAUGGAGUGUUCUUUGAUGAUGAUUACAAUUACUUGCAACAUUUGAAAGAAGCUUCAGGACCUUCUGAACUUGUUCCAUCAAGCUUCCCAAAUAAAGGCAGGAUUGUAGUGUCUACAGAAGGGGAGGUAGAUGAAAUUCAACAUAUUCUGGCUCCCACCAUUAAUCUGCCCUCUUCAGUAUUUGCAUCAGAAUUUGAAGAAGAUGUGGGACUAUUAAACAAAGCUGCUCCUGUUCCAGGACCUAGACCGGAUCUUGAUCCCGACAUUAUUGCAGCACUAGAUGAUGACUUUGAUUUUGACAAUCCAGAUAAUCUGCUUGAAGAUGACUUCAUCUUAGCAGCUAAUAAACCUGGAAGCCUGGAACAGGAGAAGGAACUCUCUUGCUUAUCUGAAGAUGAAGAUUCAUGGGAAGAUGUGGAGGAGGAAGAGGAUGGAGAAGAUGAAGAAUAUGAUUCUGAGGGUCCUUUGUCAGAUGACAGUGAUUUUAAAGGGAAGAUGAAAGAAUUUCUCUUCAUGGAAGAAGAGACCAAGAGCCGUUUCACAGAGUAUUCCAUGACCUCUUCAGUCAUGAAAAGAAAUGAACAACUGACACUUCUGGAUGAAAGAUUUGAGAAGUUUUUCGAACAAUUUGAUGAUGAUGAAAUUGGACCACUGGAUAAUGCUGAAUUAGAAGGUUUUAUCCAAAGUGACAGUGCUCGAUUACAGGAAGUUUUGAAUGACUACUUCAGAGAGAAAGCAAAGGAUUGUGUGAAACUUGAUGAUAUUGAAACCAAGAAAGAACCAGAGUUGCCCUUGAAUGAGGAAGAAGAUGAGAUUGAAGAAAUGGUAACCUUAAUCAUUGAAAAACCAAAAGAAAAAUGGGAUUGUGAAUCCAUUUUAAGUACUUAUUCAAACUUAUAUAAUCAUCCAAAAGUUAUUGAGGUGCCAAAAAAGCUUAAAUCAGUUAAAGUGUCCAAGAAGACAGGAAUCCCACUAGAUGUUUUGCCUCAGAGAGGACCUACAGCUAAACAGACUGAGCAAAUGCAAAGGAUUAAUGACUCUGAUUUGCCAAGAAUAUCCACACAGCCACGCUCUAAGGAUGAGAGUAAGGAGGAUCGGAAAGCUAGGAAACAAGCUAUCAAAGAAGAACGAAAAGAACGCAGGAUAGAAAAGAAAGCAAAUAAGUCGGCCUUCAAGCAAGAGAAGACAAGGCAGGAGAAAGAGCUGCUUAACGUGAAACAGAAUCUUCAAGGACUCAAGCUGUCAUAAUGGAAGAACUGCUUCUUGUUAAGGACGAUGGCCAUUUCCUUCUGGUUGCUAACUGGAAAAGAUACUUUUGAUUUAACACCCCAGAAGUGUAAAAAUAAUGACAAUGUGUGGUUUAAACAAGUCUAACCACCAAUGUUUUUACUUACAUGUAAACAGGUUUUUUGUUACCACCACAACAAAAUCAAGGUAAUGUAUUUCUAUUUUCACAACAACAAUAAAGCCCCUUUUCAAAUUUG